UGAGCCCUCUGCUGUGGCUCCCUGUCGGAAUCCUGUGCUAAAAGAUGUCCGCUCGACGACGUGGCACGGUUGCAGAGAAGAAAGGGAAACGCGCCUCACGGGCGAUAUCGUUAUCCGGACAGAAGAAUGACCUGACUACUCCGUCAGUCGUUGAUGAAUUGGAUUAUAUCCAGCCUAAUGUCCCCGAAGAGGCGGAAGAGAACGUGGAGCUGGUCAUCGUUCCUUCCACCCCCAUGGAGGGAGAGGCGGAUUUGAAACCAUGCCUCCGAAAACGGCUGUCCUUGUCCGGCGUCACCGAAGAGAUGUGGACGGAGGAACAUCUGGCCGCCAUGGACCAGUUCCUGAAGGACGUCACCCAAACCAUGAUUGUAUUUUACGUCGACGACUUCGCCGGGUUGAAAGUGGAACCGGUGAUACCUCACCAGGAGCAGAAACAGCUGGCCUACUUCAUCCGCCAGGAGAACGCCGAAAUUACGGAGGAGAACUUCCACGAAGUGGUGCAGUUCGGCUCCGUGCGCAGGCCGUACAUCGAUUCCCUGAUGCGCACGCUCAACGCGGCGUAUCUGCCCCGCCUCUUCCGCAAAGGCUCCUGGCCGGAAAGCAUCAAAAACGAAUUUUUCUCCGAAAUUUAUCAUUUCAUGACCUCCCUGACAGAUACUCGCUACAAGAUGAAGGGCCGUACCGUCCUUUACAUCCCGAUCGAAUCCUUCACCAUCACCCCGGAGGUGGCCCAGAAGGACAAGGCCGUGGUCCAUCGUCUGGAGA